AGGGGCUUUAGGCGAUUCCAGAGUCGAGAGUCAGGCCUGGGAUUUCGCAGGACAAGCCCAGCGGUUGCAGCUGCGGCGGAUCCCGAAGCUCUGCCCGUGGUGCACUCGGGCAGCCCAGAGCCGGCAGCGGCUCCUCAAAGUCGCGGAGCAAGGGAGGCCGGGCUCCUGCAAAGUGGUGGGGCUCCAGGCUGAGUCUGGGCUGGAAGAGGCGUGCCUGCGGAGCCUGGAUCCCGGCGCCCUUCGGCCUCGAGUGCAGCGUCCGGUCGGCGGUGCAGCCGCUAGGGAAAGAGCAGUCAAAUUGCUGCCUCCCCUAAGAAGCCUAGUUACGUAGGCGAGCCGACUCCAGAAGCGUGCUUAUAGCAGUGCCGCAGAGCCCUCCCGGGCCAGCGGGCUAGGGCUGGGAGCGGGGCGCCGUCCCAGAGGCAAGGAACCCCAGGCAGCGGGUUGCUCCGCGAGUGCUCUUGGGUGCAGAGAGGGGGCGUGCAAAGCUCCAACAGUCCGCCCGCUCAGAACCUGUGCCCGACCGGGGUGCCCCCACCGUCCCACUCUGGGAGCGAUGCCCCCCGCCCCCCGUGUCCCCCGGGAACGACUCGAGCAUGGAGAAGUCGAGUAGCGAGGAUUCUUCGAUCCACCGGAGUCCAUCUUUGGACAGCAAGGACUCAGACUUUGCCAAGCCGUCCACCUCUGGCCGCCCAUUCGGCCGCGGCUUCACGGCUGGCGCCUUCUACGGCACCGCGGGUUCGCGGGGUCAGAGCCGCACGGAGGCCGGCGUUAAGACUGACAAGUACAAUGCGCCCAAAGGCAGCAAGUACGUGGUGUUUUACCUGGACCUGUCCUUUGUGUUCCUCCUAGAAUUUAAGAAGUGCAACAUGGCCAGAGGCUGCCUCUGCUGCUUGAAGUACAUGAUGUUCCUCUUCAAUUUGAUAUUCUGGCUCUGUGGCUGCGGGCUGCUUGGAGUGGGCAUCUGGCUCUCUGUGUCCCAAGGCAACUUUGCCACCUUCUCCCCCAGCUUCCCCUCGCUGUCUGCAGCCAACCUUGUCAUCGCCAUAGGCACCAUCGUCAUGGUGACGGGCUUCCUGGGCUGCCUGGGGGCCAUCAAGGAAAACAAGUGCUUGCUCCUCAGUUUCUUCAUCGUGCUGUUGACCAUCCUCCUGGCCGAGUUGAUUCUGCUCAUCCUCUUCUUUGUCUACAUGGACAAGGUGAACGAGAAUGCCAAGCGGGACCUGAAGGAAGGGCUGCUGCUGUACAACACCGAGAACAACGUGGGGCUCAAGAACGCCUGGAAUAUCAUCCAGGCCGAGAUGCGGUGUUGUGGAGUCACUGACUACACAGACUGGUAUCCAGUGCUGGGGGAGAACACAGUUCCAGACCGCUGCUGCAUGGAGAACUCCCAGGGUUGUGGGCGCAACACCACCACCCCCUUGUGGAGAACGGGCUGCUAUGAGAAGGUGAAGCUGUGGUUUGAUGACAAUAAGCACGUGCUAGGCACAGUGGGGAUGUGCAUCCUCAUCAUGCAGAUCCUGGGAAUGGCCUUUUCCAUGACUCUGUUCCAGCAUAUCCACCGGACGGGUAAAAAGUAUGAUGCCUGAGCGCAUUUGGCAGCGCCUGGCUCCACCCGGACACUGUGUACCAGGGAAGAGGACCUGAGUCUUGUGUCUCCUGCCUGCCCUCUGAUGGCCACCCUGCACCACUUGCCGGACUGCCCUUCCCUGCCCACAUCCUUGGCCUUGGACCUCUUGGAGGAGGCUUCAUGCAGAGACCUCGGGACGUGGGCACCUGGAUUACUGCACCUGCAUAUUUGCCAAAGACGCCAGGGUGGGCAGGAUGUCAAGGAGGAAGUUCCUUCAGUAAUGGGUUUCUGUCUCUACCCUUUUCCACAUUGACACUUGUCCCUGUGUGGGGCGGAGAGUCUGCCCCAGCAAGGCCACUGCCGUCCAUGGCUACUCAGCCAGAGAGCCGGCCAUGGUGCAGUGUGGCACCACCAGGCCAGGCCCCCUGGAGCACCCUGCCCGGGUUUUUAUACUAUAGUGUAACUUUUUUAUUUUACUCUGAUUAUGAUUAUUCAGGAAUAUUAUCUCUCAGAUAAGUUUAGGAUUAGCUUUCUGAUUUAUAACUUUUUACUGUGUUGAUUUCCAUAAUGGUUUGAGUUUCCUUUUCCUGUGGGUGGGGACGGGUAGGGAGAAAGGACCUCCAUCUGCUUUCAGUGAGGACACACCACUGUGCAACACUAGGGAGGCGGUAGGAAGAGAAGUGCUGGGCCUUCCUCCAGAA